UCCAAUUUUGUGACGUUGGAGGAGGGGCAAACAUGGAUGUGCAGAGUAAGGAAAGUUUCUUGGAGUGCGACCCGACAUGGUGAAUUCUAGUCGCGUAAGGCCGCAGCAGAAUUUGGGUAGACAGACAGCCGGAAUAGGGGGCAUUGUUGGCGGUGGACAACAGGAGCGAGGAGUGGCGCUGGAGAUGGAGAGACUGAGUCGACCUGACCGUCGGGUGUUGGCGGUGGGCGCAGCGACCACCUCUUCCGUGCCUUCGCCGUCCUCGCGGCAGGCUUGGAGUAGGGAUAACCCUGGUUUUGAGCCCGAGGAAGAGAUGGUGGAAAUGGAAAUGGAGUGGCGGCCCACAGCAAGUCCUGGCCGCAGGUCAGUCUCCACUGCAUCUAGUAGUAGUGGAGGUAGCAGCAGUGCGCUGGGUGGGUACCGCUCCAACAGGGCUGGAGACAGAAGGGAGUGCCGCGAUGCAAGAGGUCCGGCACUUGAGGUGGCAAUGCACCAUCCCGGAGGUGACCAGGAUCAGCCAGAUCGAAACCAUGGAUUCGGCUGGAAGGUGCUCCAUACUCUCCGAGGUCUUUGGGGUACAAGACUUAUGGAGGAGACUAUUAUGACCCGUGAAAAGUACCUGAAGAAAGUAUUGCGGGAACUAGUUACGUAUAUUGUUUUUCUUGUGAUCUUAUGUACAUUGACUUAUGGAAUGAUGAGCUCUGGCAUGUAUUACUACACCAAGGUUAUGUCUAAUCUUUUCCUGGAGACCCCUUUGUCAGACAAAGAGAAAACAAACUUUAAAACAUUGUCCAGCAUGGAGGAUUUCUGGAAGUUCUCGCAGGGCCCACUACUGGAUGGUUUGUACUGGGACUUCUGGUACAACAACAAAACACUAGGAGAGAACAGAAGUUUAAUUUAUUAUGAGAAUCUUUUGUUGGGAAUACCACGUCUAAGGCAACUGAAAGUCAAGAACGGCUCCUGCCAAAUCCUGGAGGAUCUAAAGGAUGAAAUUAAGGAUUGCUAUGAUGUAUACUCAGUGGAAAAUGAAGACAAGUCCCCAUUUGGCCUCCUGAAUGGAACUGCGUGGACAUAUCACACAGAGAAGGGCCUGAAUGGGAGCUGGCAUAGCGGUCUGAUAUCCACUUACAGCGGGGCAGGCUAUUAUCUGGAUUUGUCUCGUGCCAAAGUAGAUGCAGUGGCUCAGAUUCAGCUGUUGAAGGACAAUCUGUGGUUGGACAGAGGGACAAGGGUAGUCUUUAUUGACUUCUCUGUUUAUAAUGCCAACAUCAACCUUUUCUGUAUUGUCAGGUUAGUGGCUGAGUUUCCAGCAACUGGUGGAGUAAUUACAUCUUGGCAGUUCCAAACUGUCAAAUUGAUUCGUUACCUGUCUGUGGUUGAUUAUUUCCUAGCAGCCUGUGAGAUCACCUUCUGUCUUUUUUUGUUGUAUUACAUCAUUGAAGAGGCACUGGAGAUCUACAUCCAAAGACUGAAUUACUUCCAGAGCUUAUGGAACUGUUUGGACAUUCUUAUUAUUUUGCUUUCAGUUAUUGCUGUUGGGAUCAACCUGUACAGAACAUCGAUUGUGGACAGUUCAUUAGUGCCUUUACUGGAGAAGCAAGACUCGUUCCCUAACUUUGAGCCCCUGGCAUAUUGGCAGAUUCAGUUCAACAAUAUGGCAGCUGCCAUUGUGUUUUUUGCGUGGAUAAAGCUCUUCAAAUUCGUGAACAUCAACAAGACAAUGAGCCAGUUGUCCACCACCAUGUCUCGUUGUGCCAAAGACAUCAUUGGAUUUGCCAUCAUGUUCUUCAUCAUAUUUCUAGCAUACGCUCAGCUGGCGUACCUUGUUUUUGGCACACAGGUUGACGACUUCAGCACCUUCCCUGACUGCAUCUUCACACAGUUUCGCAUCAUUUUGGGAGAUUUUGAUUUCUCUGCGAUUGAAGAAGCAAACCGAGUGUUGGGGCCUCUCUAUUUCACUACCUUUGUCUUCUUAAUGUUUUUCAUACUUCUGAACAUGUUUUUGGCCAUCAUCAAUGAUACAUACACAGAAGUCAAAGUGGACAUGACUCAGCAGAAGUCUGAAAUGGAGCUUACUGAUCUUAUUAGAAAGGGCUGCAAUAAAGCUAUGGAUAAGCUUAGACUGAGAAAGACUACAGUUGAUGACAUUUCUGAAAGUCUUCGCCAGGCUGGGGGCAAAUUAAAUUUUGAUGAAUUACGUCAAGAUCUGAAAGGAAAAGGCCACACUGAUGCUGAGAUUGAAGCCAUUUUUGCCAAGUAUGACCAGGAUGGUGACCAGGAGCUGACUGAGCACGAGCAUCAGCAGAUGAGGGAUGACCUAGAAAAAGAGAGGGAGGAUUUGGAUAUGAAUUCCCUAGCUCGGCCAAUCAGUGGGCGCAGCUUUCCCAGAAGCUUAGAUGAUUCAGAAGAGGAUGAAGAUGAAGAUAGUGGACACAGUUCUAGGAGAAGAGGAAGCAGCUCCAGUGGAGUUUCUUAUGAAGAAUUCCAAAUUCUAGUGAGACGAGUUGAUCGUAUGGAGCAUUCCAUUGGAAGCAUUGUGUCAAAGAUUGAUGCUGUGAUCGUUAAACUGGAAGCAAUGGAGAGAGCAAAGCUGAAGAGGAGGGAUGUCUUGAGUAGACUUUUAGAAGGAGUCACAGAGGAUGAGAGACUUGGACGGGACAGCGAAAUUCACAGAGAACAGAUGGAGCGCCUGGUACGUGAGGAGCUCGAGCGCUGGGAGUCGGAUGACAAUGCUUCUCAAGUGAGUCACCGCAUGGGAACCCCUUUGGGUAUCAAUGGCCAGCCACGUUCUAGGUGCUCACGUCCUUCUUCUUCCCAAUCUACUGAAGGCUUGGAAGGAGGAGAAGGAACUGGAGUUGGCCAUGUUUAACCACAUUUCUGCACAGUUUACAGUGAAUGGAGCUGAAUCUUUGUAAUUUGUGUCAAAAUUAUAUUGUAUGCAAGAGCAACAGCAGUCCUGGGUCACUGAUAUCUCCAUUUUUUUCCUACAUCCAGUGAUUUUAGUUUUUUAGGACAAAUGAUCUGGUUUCAGAUGCAAAAUACUGGCAUUGUGCUAUCUUCCUUGGAAAUCCAAGUAAUUUUUCAACCUGGUACCCUAUUAGAUGCUUGUAGGAGAGUGGACUUGGUCAUCCACCCAAAAAGAACACAGAUGAAUGAGUUUGUCCCAUAGAAUGACAUUGUAUGCUUAAUGAAAGUACUUGCUGACACUAGUGGGAAUGUCUAAGUGAAAUGUUCUUUUUCAAAAUGCUAUGAAAAUGUUUACUUACUUGGUUAUUUUGCAGUAUCCUAAUAUAUCUAUUUUAAGGCUGGUUUUCAUGUAAUAAAACAGUUUUUAAAUGAAGAGUGAA